UGGUCACUCGGAAAAUUGACAAAAUGAAUUUUUUUUAAUAAAUCACUCUUCAAAAUUAGAAAUGUUUUCCAAAUUGCUUCCUUCUGUGUUAUUGUAUGCUGGUCGCCGAACAUUUUCAAUUUGUUCAAAAAUCUACACUAUUCCCAAUAGUAAUGGACUGAUCAAUAGGCCACCGUUAAAACUUCCAAAUGAUUAUUCACAGAAGAGAUGCUUUGGAACCCAUAUUGUUAUUCGUCAUAACAGAGACAGCUUCUACAUUGACAUUGCCGAAAAUCGAGCCGAGUUACUAUUUUCCGUGGAUGCAGGUGUGAUGACAAUUAAAAGUACCAAAGUUCCGAAGGCGUUGGGAGGACACGGCAUAGGAAAAAUAUUGGCAAAGGCUGCACUAGAAUAUGCACUACUGAAUGGAUACUUCAUUAUUAUCAAGUGUCAAUUUGUUCAGCACUAUAUUGACAAAUAUGAACCACAAUACGCCGAGUACAUACUCAAAAAAAACAUCUGAUAAUUCGAUUUGAUUUAAAUUAUCAAAUACUCUACAUAUACUAAUUCAUUAAAUAUUAUCAAAUAUAGAAAUUUAUUGUUGCCUUGCUUAGGUUAUUUAUAUUCUUUAUAUAUUCCAUGAACUGUGAAAAGGUAAAACGUAUUUACGUAAAUAUUUGUUAAUUCAUACAGAGAUAAAUAUAAAUCUAUUUAAUCUGCCAAACAUCUAUGUAUAUAUAUAUUUAUAUAUGUACAUAAACAGCCGAUCAAGAGUGGAAAGCUUAUUCUUAAAUAUCUCGAGAAAUAUGCAUGUAACGGAAAUUAAAAUGUAAUAUCUUAAAUGAAAUUAUACAUUUCGAGCAUAUAAUUGAAACAUUAAA